GAAACCGCUGCUUCAUCACUCAGUCUGCCCUUUGCUGUUUUACUGUGUGGUUUAGACUGAUUCACUGUUGUCUCUGGAAUUUGGUUCAUACACCUUCUCGAUGUAUGUCUGACAAUGUGGGUUCGGUGAAAUGGUGUGUUCGGAGUCAUGGAGAGAGAGAGACAGACAGAUGCUGCCUGACCUGCUGAAUAUUUCAACGAUUCUCUGAUUUUACUCCAGGAAAAGAGUCUGCAGAAUCUUCAUUACACCCCAUCGAUUUAAGAUCCAUUAUUUGAGUAGAAUCCAAUGGAGAUGGGUUUGCGCAAUGGAAAUGUGUCAGGAUCCAGGGACCAAGAUGGACUAAAAAAGGGAACACAGACCAUACAAGACUUUGUAAAUGAAUUUCCUAAUUGGGAACGUCGAAUGAACAGAUAUAUACGUGACCUACAAGAGAUUGCAAAUGGUAUUGAUCGGUAUCAUAAAGGUGCAACAAUUGCAAAUGUUACUGGGUCAUCUCUGGGGGCUGUAGGUGGUGUCCUAGCCUUAGCAGGAAUAAUUACUGCUCCUUUCACAGCAGGCAUCUCCUUGGUACUCACUGCUGUGGGAACGAGUAUAGGUGUAGCUGGUACAGCCGCUAAACUUACAGCUGACCUCGUUGAAUAUGGUGAGCAGUCGACAAAACAAAUAAAAGUAGAUGAGAUCAUAAAACGAUACAAAAGUGAUCUGAAGGAAACUUUAGAACACUUGACAGAAAUCUUCAGUGUUCUCCAGUCUCAUCUCGUUGAGCGAGAAAUUGCAGAAUCUUAUUGUAAUGAAAUAAAAACAGGCGUUACAGCUGGAUAUCGAUGUUAUUCUAUUAUCAUGCAAACGGCGGAAGUGACAAGAUCAAUAAUGGCCAAACAAGUAUUGAGUAAAACAACUGCCCUCGAAAAACUAGCUAAGAAACCGACAGCACUGAGUCGCAUUGCUCGAACAGGAACGAAAUGUCCACUUUAUGCCACUCCCAUAAUAACAGUUUUUUCAGGAGUUAUGGCAGGAGCUUCUAUAGCGUGGAAUAUCUGCUCGAUUGCAAAGGACUCCAUUGUGCUCAGCAAGGGAAGUAAAUCUGAAGUGGCUAAAAAGCUAAGAGAUCAAGCUCAGAAGAUAGAGGAAGUAUUAAAAGACCAUACAGUCAUCUGUAAAAUUCUAAAAAAGAUUCUUGAGAGAGACUGGGUAUAGAGGACUGAGUAAGAAAAGGAAAAAGUAGUGUCUCAUCCAUUCCACUCAUUGUGGCUAAGCUUGUUAUGCAAAUUCUUAUCAGGGAUAACUUAUCAAAACAUCACCAUGUAAAGAACUGCAUGAUAGACAGAGGGCAGUGGUGGAGCGGUGUUAUUCUGGCUGGGGUGAACAGUGGUGUCCCAUAGGGGUCAUUACUGGGAUCUUUGUUGUUUGCAAAAUAUAUAAAUGACUUGGACAAAAAUAUCCACGGGUUACAACAUAGAACAUUGACCAAUACAGCACAGCACAGGCCCUUCUGCCCACAAUAUAACGUCCCAUAUAACGCUCCACGUUAAGUUCCUCCAUAUACCUGUCUAGUAGUCUCAUAAACUUCACUACUAUAUCUGCCUCCACAACUGACUCAGGCAGUGCAUUCCACGCACCAACCACUCUCUGAGUGAACAUUCUUCCUCUAAUAUCCCCCUUGAACAUCCCACCCCUUACCUUAAAACCAUGUCCUCUUGUAUUGAGCAGUGGUGCCCUGGGGAAGAGGCGGUGGGUGUCCACUCUAUCUAUUCCUCUUAAAAUCUUAUACGUCUCCAUUAUGUCUCCUCUCAUCCUCCUUCGCUCCAGAGAGUAAAGUGUAGCUCCCUUAAUCUCUUUCCAUAAUGCACACUCUCUAAACCAGGAAGCAUGCUGGUAAAUCUCCUCUGUACCUUUUUCAAUGUUUUCACAUCCUUCCUAUAGUGAGGCGACCAGAAAUGGACACAGUACUCCAAGUGUGGCCUAAACAGAGUUUGAUAGAGCUGUAUGAUUACCCUGCGACUAUUAAGCUCUGUCCCUUGACUUAUGAAAGUUAACACUCCAUAAGCUUUCUUAACUACCCUAUCUACCUUUGAGGCAACUCUCAGAGAUCUGUGGACAUGUACUCCCAGGUCACGGUGCUCUGCACGCUUCCAUGUUGCCGGCCAUUUACUUUGUGCCCUGCCUUGGACAUUGUCCUUUCAUUCUGUACCAUUUUACACUUCUCUGCCAAUUUCUCCAUCUGCCAUUUAUCAGCCCACUUCUGAAACCUAUCAGUGUAUCUCUGCAAUCUGCACGAUCCAGAAAACCAAUAAACUUUGUGCAUUUGAAAACGUUCCACCCCUACAUCCAGGUCGUUAAUAAAAAUCACGAAAAUUCAGAUCCCAGAAGAUUCAGAUCCCAGAACUGAUCCUUGUGUGACACCAGUCAUCACAACCCUCCAAUCUGAAUGUACUCCAGCCACCACGACCCUCUGGUUUUGCAGGCAAGCCAAUUUUAAAUCCACCUGGCCGAAUUUCCCUGAAUCCCAAGCCUUCUGACUCCGUAUAAGUCUACCGUAUGAUAUCUUGUCAAGUGCCUUACAAGAAACCAUGCAUAUAAAUCCAUUGCACUACCCUCAUCUAUAUACCUUGUCACCUCCUCAAAGAAAUCUAUCAGGUUUGUUAGACACGAUCUGCCUUUCACAAAGCCAUGCUGACACAGCCUGAUCAGAGCAUGAUUCGCUAAGUGCCCAUAGCUCCUAUCUGUAACAAUCUUUCCCACUACAGAUGUAAGGCUCACUCUUCUAUAAAUACCCGGGCAAUCACUACUACCUUUUUGAACAAGGGGACAACAUUCGCCUCCCUCCAAUCCUCCGGUACCAUUUCCGUGACAAUGAGGACAUAAAUAUCCUACCCAAAGGCUUAGGAAACUCUUCCCUCGCCUCGUGGAGCAGCCUGGGGAAUAUUUCAGCAGGCUGCGGGGGACUUAUCCGUCCUAUUGUAUUUUAACAACUCUAACACCUCUUUUGCCUUGAUAUCAACUUACACCAGACCAUCGACCUCACUCAAAUGGUUCUUACCGUCAUCAAGUUCCCUCUCAUUGGUGAAUACAGAAGGGAAGUGUUCAUUGAGGACCUCGCUCACUUCCACAGCCUUCAGGCAUAUCUUCCCUCCAUUAUCUCUAAUCAGUCCUAUCUUCACUCCUGUCAACCUUUUGUUCUUCACAUAACUGAUGAAUGCCUUGGGGUUUUCCUUUACCCUACUCGCUAAGGCUUUCUCAUGCCCCUUCUUGCUCUCCUCAGCCCCUUCUUAAGCUCCUUUCUUGCUACCCGAUAUUCCUCAAUAGACUCAUCUGAUCCUUGCUUCCUAAACCUCAUGUAUGCUGCCUUCUUCCAUCUGACUAGAUUUUCCACCUCACUUGUCACCCAUGAUUCCUUCACCCUACCGUUCCUUAUCUUCCUCACCGGGACAAAUUUAUCCCGAACAUCCUGCUAGAGUUCCUUAAACAUUGACCACAUGCCCAUAGUAUAUUUCCCUGCAAAAACAUCAUCCCAAUUCACACCCGCAAGUUCUAGCCUUAUAACCUCAUAAUGUGCCCGUCCCCAAUUAAAAUUUUUCCUGUCCUCUCUGAUUCUGUGCUUUUUCAUAAUUAUGCUAAAGGCCAGGGAGCUGUGGUCACUGUCCCCCAAAGGCUAACCCAUUGAGAAAUCUGUGACCUGACCUGGUUCGUUAACUAAUACUAAAUCUACAAUAGCAUUCCCCCUAGUCGGCCUGUUAACAUGCUGUGACAGGAUUCUAUCCUGAACACACUUAACGAACACAGCCCCAUCUAAACCAUUGGAACUAAUCAGGAGUCAAUGAAUAUUAGGGAAUUUAAAGUCACCAAUGUUAACAACCCUGUUAUUUGUGCACCUUUCCAAAAUCUUCCUCCAAUCUGCUCCUCUGUAUCUCUGCUGCUAGCAGGGGGCCGAGAGAAUACUCCCUGUAGAGUAACUGCUCCCUUCCUGUUCCUGGCUUCUACCCAUACUGAAUCAAAAGAUGAUCCUGCUACAUUACCCACCCUUUCUGUAGCUGUAAUAGUAUCCUUGACCAGUAAUGCCACACUUCAUUCCUCCCCCAAUCCAUUUUAAAGCACUGAAAUCCAAUAAUAUUGAGUAUCCGUUCCUGUCCUAGUGACAACCAAGUCUCUGUAAUGGCCACCACAUCAGAAGUCCAAGUAUGUAUCCAAGCUCUCGGUUCAUUACCUUUGUUCCUGAAGUUUCUUGCAUUGAAGUACACGCACUUUAGUCCUACAUUACUACCUUUACGCCCUUUAUUCUGCUUCUCUUUCCUCAAAGCCUCCUUAUAUGUUAGAUCUGACUUUACAGUACGCAUCUCUCGCAUGACCAUUAUCCUCCUCCAACACACCAUCUGCUCUAACACUCUGGUUCCCCUCCCUCUGCAAUAAGUUUGCAUAUGACACACAAAUUGGUGGACUUGUAGACAGAGAUGAAGAUCGUCAAAAGAUACAAGAUAUAUAUCAGUCACAGUUAUAUCGGGAUUCAAGAUUGUUUAAUGCAGUGGUUCCCAACCUUUAUUGCUUUGAUCAAUAACAUUAAAGGAAGAGGUACGUGAACCUCAGGUUGUGAACUCCUGGUUUAAUGUCAUUUCCAGUGCACAAGUGUAAAUGACUACAAAAUAAUUGUUACUCCAGAAAUAAUGUUGCACAAAAAUAAACACAAUAAGAUAAAGUACACAACAAUCAUUGUUAAAUAUCACAAUAAAUAUAAAUACAUAAGAUAGCUUAUAUACUGUGCAGAUUGAUUAUAGUGAUGGUACGCGCUGGAGUGUCUGAACAUUAGAGGAUACAACAGGAUAUACACUUUGUAGAUCAGUUACAGUUAUGGACUGAGAGAUGGCAGCUGAAGUUCAAUGCGGACGCGUGCGAGCUUGUGCACUUUGGGAGGUCAAAGGUGAGGGGAAAGAAUAGUCCAUAGCAGGAUCCUUAUCAGUAUCGACGUGCAGAGUGAUCUUGAGUUCUAAGACUAUGCUUCCCUGAAA